GCACCACGGCGAGAAGGAGGCGCGGAGCCAACUCUUGCUGCCUGAACACACAGAGCACACCCUGCCACAGAGCCAGCCAGUGCUAACAGGCACAAAAAUGUCGGGAAAGAGUUUUCGAGUCAGCGACGGGGACUGGAUUUGUCCCGAUAAAAAGUGCGGAAACGUCAACUUUGCUAGACGAACUAGUUGUAACAGAUGUGGCAGGGAAAAAACUACAGAGGCGAAGAUGAUGAAAGCAGGAGGAACAGAGAUUGGGAAAACUCUGGCUGAGAAGAGUAGAGGCCUCUUCAGCGCAAAUGAUUGGCAAUGCAAAACAUGCGGCAAUGUGAAUUGGGCUAGGAGGUCAGAGUGCAACAUGUGUAACACACCGAAAUAUGCCAAGCUCGAAGAGAGAACAGGUUACGGUGGAGGUUUCAAUGAACGGGAGAAUGUGGAAUACAUUGAAAGGGAGGAAUCUGACGGUGAAUAUGAUGAAUUUGGUAGGAAAAAGAAAAAGUAUCGCAAGACCACCAGUACGUCUUCCUCAAAAGAAAGUGAAAAGAAAGAAGUAACAAAAGCUCCACCUCAACCUGAAGAGGAGGAGGAGGAGGAGGAGGAGGAGGAGGAAGAUGAGGAGGAGGAAGAUGGUGACCUUUCCAAAUACAAAUUGGAUGAUGACGACGACGACGAAGAUGGAGACCUUUCAAAGUACGACCUGGACGCCAGUGGUGGUGACGAUGAUGACGACGACAAGCCAGCUAAGAAAAGGGGCAGCCGGUCGGGUUCAUCCCGUUCCCGUUCAUCCUCGCGCUCCUCCAGCUCCAGUUCACGGUCGAGGUCCAGGUCCCGCUCUAGAAGCUCAUCCAGUUCCAGAUCUGGAUCUCGCUCCAGGUCCCACUCCAGAUCCAGUUCCAGGUCUGGAAAGGGCUCCUCUCCCCGGAAGAGGUCCCGCUCACCCUCCUCCUCGCCUGAGAGGGGACAGAAGCGCAGUCGCUCCAGGUCCUCAUCUGGAGAGAGAAAGCGGAGGCGUUCUAGAUCACAUUCGUCCGAAAGAUGCCGCGGCCAGUCCUCUGGAUCCUCCCAUUCUGGCUCCAGUUCAAAAAAGAAAUAACUUAAUCACAGCCUUCACAACAAGAAAAGAAGCCUAAGUACAAGUGCAUGUUGUGUUGCAAAGAAAACAACUACAUCCUUCAGUAUGCUGUUCAUUUUCAUAGAAAGUCUUAUUUCCCUCCAAAAAGACAGCGGCAACAUGACUUCUGUCUGCUGCUACCUUACGUUAUCAUUACAUGCUCCCUUCUUAAAAGCACAUACACCCCAAGCGUGGCAAGUGUAACUACAGGUGUCUAAUAUGUUCAGUCCUAUAUCAGGUUAUGUGAAGAGGCUAUGAAGUAUCCUAUUUUAAUCCCAUUCUGCUGAAUAUUUUCGUGGCAGUACAUUUUAUUCUACUCGACUGGAGAAAUUGAAGUUAACAUUUUUGAAUACUUUUUUUGGCCCUAGGAAACAUUUAAUGUUUUUUUUUUUAAACAAAUACAUUAAUUUUUAAAUAAAAGGUACUUAAGCACCAAUUAGGAAUCCCAGAGCAAUGAAUUUUGGCCCGUUUUAUUUUCUUGAUUAAUAUAUAUUUUGUUUUGUAUUUUCAAGGUAAGUAUUUUACUUUUUUUAUAUUGCUCGUGUUAAUUAAAUGGCAGUAAGUUUAACAAUCAUUGGGUUAGAUUUAAGUGUUUUUUUCUUUACACAAUUGACGCCUAUUGUACCACUUACACUUCAUCUUCAUUUGUCACUUGGGAAACUAAUAAAUUCAAGAAAUUACAGAUUUUCUUGCUUCAGAAUAAUGCAUCAAGAAUAAACAUCAUACAGUGUGUCCCGGUUUAUGGUAGAAUGUGGCAGUACAGUCUUUAUUGGUAAAAUAAGUCUAAUGUACACGUGUAAAUAAAAUCCUGUUGACAUUG